CGGCCGCGUGUGCGGGGCGCCGGGACGGGCCGGCGGGGAAGGGGCGCAGCGGCGAGGUGAGCGUGGCAGGCUAUGGGAUGGAUGAAGCUGAGCAGGACCAGUAUGAAGCUCGCCUCAAGGAGCUCUUUGACAGCUUUGACAGCACAGGCACGGGCUCCCUGGGGCAGGAGGAGCUCACUGACCUCUGCCACAUGCUGCACCUGGAGGAGGUGGCCCCAGCACUGCAGCAGACCCUCCUCCAAGGAAACCUCCUAGGCAGGGUCCACUUUGAUCAGUUUAAAGAAGCACUUAUCCUCAUCUUAUCCAGAACCCUGUCAAAUGAGGAGCACUUCCAAGAACCAGAUUCCUCCCCAGAAGCGCAGCCCAAGUACAUCAAAGGCGGCAAACGCUACGGGCGCCGCUCCCUGCCGGAGUUCCAGGAGUCGGUGGAGGACUUUGCCGAGGUGACGGUCAUCGAGCCGCUGAGCGAGGAGCCACAUCCUGCUCACAUUGCUGCCAGCCAGGAGCACUGGAAGACGCGAGGCAGCGAGGAGUACGAGGCCGAGGGACAGCUGCGCUUCUGGAACCCAGACGACCUGAACGCCUCCCCUGGUGCCUCACCGAGCCCAGACUGGAUCGAGGAGAAGCUUCAGGAGGUCUGUGAGCACCUGGGCAUCACCAGGGACGGCCACCUGAACAGGAAGAAGCUGGUUUCCAUCUGUGAGCAGCACGGGCUGCACGCGGCGGCCGGGGAGGUGCUUGAAGAGGUGCUCCAUAACCUGGAGCAAGAUGGGACCAUGAGCAUCGAGGAUUUCUUUUAUGGCUUGUUUAGAAAUGGGAAAUCUCUCACCCCUUCAGCCUCUACUCCGUACCGGCAGCUGAAACGCCACCUCUCCAUGCAGUCCUUCGACGAGAGCGGCAGGCGCACGACCACCCCCUCGGCCAUGCCCAGCACCAUCGGCUUCUCCCUCUUCUCCAGCCUGGAUGAUGGGAUGGGCUAUGGCUGUGUGGAGGGGGUCCUGGACUGCUGGCACCAGGAGGGCAUAGAGAACAGCCAGGAGAUCCUGAAGGCUCUGGACUUCAGCUUGGAUGGGAAGGUGAACCUGACGGAGCUGACGCUGGCGCUGGAGAACGAGCUCCUGAUCACCAAGAAUGGGGUGCACCAGGCAGCCCUGGCCAGCUUCAAAACAGAGAUCAGGCACUUGAUGGAGAGGUUUGACCAGGUGGCCAGGGAGAAGGAGAAGCUGCGGUCGGACCUGGAAAAGGCAGAGAAGCUGAAAUCCCUGAUGGCCUCGGAAGUGGACGAUCACCACGCCGCCAUCGAGCGCCGCAACGAGUACAACCUCAGGAAGCUGGAUGAGGAGUACAAGGAGAGAAUUGCAGCUCUGAAGAACGAGCUGCGCAGAGAGCGGGAGCAGAUCCUGCAGCAGGCCAACAAACAGAGGCUGGAGCUGGAGCAGGAGAUUGAGAAGCUGAAAACAGAUGAGAACUACAUCCGGGACCGCCUGGGCCUGGCCCUGAAGGAAAACAGCCGCCUGGAAAACGAGCUCCUGGAAACAGGAGAAAAACUGGCUGAGUGUGAAAGUCUGGCAAGCAAACUGCAGAGGAACUUGGAAAACGUCCUGGCUGAGAAGUUUGGUGACCUGGAUCCCACCAGUGCAGAGUUUUUCCUGCAGGAGGAGAGGCUGGCCCAGAUGAGGAGCGAGUACGAGCAGCAGUGCAGGGAGCUGCAGGACCAGAUUGAUGAGCUGCACUCAGAGCUGCAGGAGUACCGUGCCCAAGGCAAAGUGCUCAGGCCUGCCCUGAAAAAUUCCUUGUCAGAGGAGUUUGACAUUGACGUGAAGAGUCAUGGCACCAGCGGGAUCGAGCCUGACCAAGGACUCGGUUCAGAAGACUGCAACCCAUUAAAUAUGAGCAUAGAGGCAGAAAUGGCCAUUGAGCAGAUGAAGGAGCAACACCACAGGGAUCUGCAUCACCUCAAACAGGAGCUUGAAGACACAGUGAGCCAUUAUGAAAAGCAGCUGGAUGAGACAAAAGCCCACUGGGAAAAGGAGCAAGAGGAUAUGAGGCAGAAGUAUGCUGAGGAGAUGAAUGUCAUGGAAAAGCAGAUCACUGGCCUCAAAAAUCAAAUAGCAGAGCUGCAGGGCGAGGCAGCAGCGCUCAGAGAGCAGCAGGAGAAGCUCGACUGCAAACACAAGGAGGAGAAAAACAAAUUGCAGGUGCAUUUUGAUGAGGAGAAAGCCAAUCUGCAGGAACUGCUGAGGCAGGAGCAUGAAGAUGAUGUCAGGGCCAGACUGGAGCAGGUGAAUGAGGAGUUCAGGCAAGAACGGGAGGAGCUGAUCCAGAAGAGUGUCUGGGUGGAAGAGAAGAUGAGAGCUGUGGUGCAGGCUCUGCAGGAGGAGAAGGGGGAGCUGGAACGGGGCUUCCACGAGCAGCUGAAGAGGCUGGCAGAGGUGCAUGCCCUGGAGAAGGAGGAGCUCCAGGAAGAGCUGCUGAGGAAGCACCAGCAGGAGCUGGAGGAGGAAAGGAAAAAAAUGGCAAGUGACUAUAACAGAAGAGCAUCUCAUGCAGAAACUCAGUUUUCUGUGGACACACAAACACUUGUGAAUAAAUAUGAAGAAACCUUGCAGAGUCUGGAAGGACGUUACCAGCGAGAGCUGCAGGAGCUUGCUGAGCAGCAGAGAGAGGAGAAAUCCCAGUGGGAGUUUGAAAGGGAUGAAAUUGCUCAGGAGGCUGCUGAAGCCCACGAGCAGCUGAAGGAAAGCUUGGCAAGUGAGAAGGCUGUUUGUUCUGCCCUGAGCCAGGAGAAGGAUCUCCUGGAGAAAAACUUCAAGGAAGAAGUGAACAAGCUGGUGUGCGAGAGGGAGCAGCUGGAGAAGGAGCUGAGAGAGCUGAGGAAUGCUGCCCAGGAGCAAGAGGAAAAGAUGAAGGAGAAAAUAAAACAGCUCCAAAAUGACCAUGAAAAAGAGCUAAAGGAGAAAGAUGAACAAAUAACCACAGUGGAGCAAAAUGGGAAACUGUUUAGGGAAAAGCUGGAGAGACUGGACAGUGAGUAUAAGCGAGAGAAAGAAGAGCUCAAUUCCAAACUUCUUGCUUUGGAGAGUUUAAACAGAGACAUUUGUGAGAGAGCAGAGACAGAAAAGGCUGAGCUGGGUUUGGAAGUCUCAGACCUCCGGGGGAAAAUACAGAAAUUGCAGUGGGAAACACGGAGUUUUUCUGCCCUGCAGAGCCACUACAGGGUCCUGGAGAGUGAGUAUGCAAAAGCCAAGAGCCAGAUCGCUGCUUUUCCUGGUGCAGCUCCUCUGGGAGAGGAUGGGGAUGUUCUCCAACACCUGCAGAAGGUGCACGAGCAGGCAGUGAAGGAGAAUGUCAGGAUGGCUGCCCAGAUCCUGAGGCUGCAGCACCGGCUGGAAGCAGCAGAGCAGGAGCUGCCACCUCCCAGCCCCAGCUGCUCCCAGUCUGGCUCAGAGCCGGAGGAAAUAGAUCCCACUUUUGAAGGGUUGCCCAGUGAUUGUCAAGAUGUGGCCGUGGGAGCAGAUUUCAGUGUCCUUCCGCCUCUGGAGGCCGACACUACGGACCUGGAAGAAAUGUCGGAGAUGGAUUGGGAUUUGGAGGAGGGAUGUGUGAAAGCCAGGGCUGGCGGCCACCCUGAGGCACAGGGGUGUUGGAUCCAGGGAAGUCAAGCGGCUCUGGAUGCUGAUGGCAACCAGGAUUGUGACAAGAACCUUUCUUGGGUGCCUCUGCUGCCAAAAAAGAGAGAUCUGGAGAAAGUUCCCAGGCCAAAAGCGCUGCACAACGAUGUCAAACAGCAGAAGGUUCAUCUGCCAAAUCACAGAAUAGCUCCCAAAAAUAAAGGGGUUGUUUCUGAUGCUUUGAAGAUGCAGGUGGAGCUGGAGAGGGCUGAAGAACUGAGUGAAGACUCUCUCGUGCUGGAUCACACUCCUGGGGCAGCAAAUGGUGACCUGAAGAGCGUAAUAGCUCAACUUUGGAAAAGGAUGGAAGAGCUGGAAGACAGAUCCAUGGCACAGGCUGAACUUCUGUCGCUACAAGAAGAAAUUCAGAUAGAAAAUGAGGAUCUGAAGGCUGAAGUGAUGCAGUUAAUUGAAAAGAAUGGAGUGCUGGAAGACAAGCUGCGCAGGCUGAGAAGCCUUUGUUGUGAACAAGAAGAAAACGAGGUGGAAAGCGUAAAGUUUGAAGAGGAGAACACCAAAUUCCUCGUGGAAGAGAAAGGAUUGGAAGAUAUUAAAGAAUCGGAGGAUGUCCAAGAACAAGAUGCUCAAAGAAAAUCAGCUGUGCCCAGUGACACGAGAGGUGGGAAGCUGGAAGAACACCUCACUGCAUUCCCGGGCCAGCAGCACAAGGAUCCCCAAAGCGCCAGCACCACGACACAAGUGGAAAAAGCAGGAAUGAGGGAGCCCAACCCCCAGGUGAAGGAGAACACUGUGGGUCCCCCAGAGGAGAGGAGGGCAGUGACCCAGGGCUUGCAGAGCACGUGCACUGAGCUGCAGCAGAAGGUUGACCUGCUGAGGUGUGAGGCCGAGAAGCUGCGCGAGGAAAACGCCGUCCUGAAAAACGAGGUGACUUUAUUAAACGAGGAAGGGAGCGCUUCCAGCCUGAAACUGAGGGAGCUGAAUGGGUCCAGGGAAGAAAUGAGGCAGAAGAUAGAGGCUGUGAGAAAGGAGAAAGUGGCUGUGCAGAAGAUGGUGGACAACCUCAAAAAGCAGGUGGCUGAUCUGAAGACCAGGAACCAACAGCUGGACUCUGAAAACACAGAACUCAGCCAGAGGAACUCCAAAAACCAAGCAGAUGUGCAGGAUCUCAAUCAACAGCUGGCAAGGGUGCUCAAGCAAAAGGAAAGGGAAGAGGGGAAGUGUACCCUGGAAGAAUGGGAGAAGGAGAGGCUGCUGCUGAAAGAGGAGCUGGAAAACUCCAAAAUCAAGUCAUCAAAUAUGGUGUCGUCUUUGGAGAUGGAUUUGUCAAAAAUGAAGGUUCAAGCUCAUCUGCUGGAACAGGAGAACCACAUCCUCAAGCAGGAGCUGGAGAAGACAAAACAGCUGCCCAGAUGUCCUGAUCUUGCUGACCUUCAAAAUGAAGUUUCAAGUUUAAUCACUAAAAAUGAAAAGCUGCAGAAAGAGAAAGAAGCCCUGAGUGAGGAACUGAACAGAUGCAUUGAUAAGGUGGCUCAAGUCAGCUGCCUGGAGAAUGCAAUUGGCAGCUUGAAGCAGGAGCAGAAAUCCUGGGAGCAGCAGAGUCAGGCACUGAAAGCACAGCUCAGCCUCUCCCAGGACAAGGUUCAGAGCCUCAAUGAAACUCUGCAGAGCACCAACCUCCAAAUGUCCCGGCUGAAAUCCGACCUGCAGCUGACACAGCAGGAGAAGGAAAGCCUGAAACAAGAAGUGAUGGCAUUGCACAAGCAGCUGCAGCACAGCAGUGACAAGAACCGGGUUCUGGAAGUGGCUGUGCCUCCCUCAGGGCUGCAGGACCAGCAGGGGCCCAUCCACUGGGAUGAGCAGGAGCAGAGGCUGCUCAGGCAGGACAACGAGAGGCUGCAGAGGGAAGUGCAGAGCACAAAAACAGACCUGGCUCACUCCAGGGAAAAGAUCCGACAGCUGGAAUCCACAAUCCUUUCCCUAAAGCACCAAAAGCAUCAGAGCCAGGCAGGGAUUGUCAAAGCCAUAGAGCAGGAGAAGCUGAGCUUGAAGAGAGAGUGUGAGCAGCUUCAGAAGGAGUUGUCAUCUGCAAACAGGAAGAUCAGUCAGAUGAAUUCUCUUGAACGUGAACUGGAAACCAGCUCAGAAAAUGAAGGGCUGAGAAAAAAGCAAGUCAAGCUGGAUGAUCAGUUAAUGGAGAUGCUCCAGUCCGGGGGGAUGCGUAGCCAGAGCUCCCAGCAGCAAGGCUGUGCCACGGUGCCCAGGGAACAAUUCCUGCAGCUCCAGCAGCAGCUGCUGCAGGCAGAGAGGAGGAGUCAGCACCUCCAGGAAGAGCUCGAGAGCAGACCCUCGGGGACAAACAUGCAGCAGGGGGGUCAUGAGCAGCUUCUAAAAAUGAUGGAAGAGAGGAUGAUGGAUGUGGAGCAGAAAUUAAGGCUUGUGAAGAGGCUUCUCCAAGACAAAGUAAAUCAGCUGAAAGAACAACUUUCCAAGAACACCAAGGCAGACGCCAUGGUCAAGGAUCUCUACGUGGAGAACGCGCAGCUGCUGAAGGCUCUGGAGGUGACAGAGCAGAGGCAGAAAACUGCAGAGAGGAAGAAUUAUUUGCUGGAAGAGAAAAUUGCCAACCUCAACAGAAUAGUGAAGAACUUGGCCUCCCCCUCCUUCAGCCCAGCAGCAGAGAUCAGGUCGUAGCAAAGCUGUUGUGUGUCACAGCCCCGUGCACUUUACUGAAAUGGGAAUAUUUCAGCUUCUCACUGCGUUGCCUUUUUUUUACUGAAUGUGUUUUAGUUACAAAUGCCUCCCCCAGAGAGCACAGAGCUGAUUCCCAAAAUGGACACUACCCUAGGAGAAUUUUGUUGGUUCCCAAGCUGGGUUUCUGCUAAGUUUUGCCUGAAAAUAAUCAUCACCAUGUGAAAAAGCCCCACACUUAUGUUUUUCUAGGUUAACCUAUUUUCAUUAUCUGACUUCCAUUUAAAAUCCAAAUUCUGAAUUUCCUGUUCUGGAUCAUCUAGAUUGAAGCAAAGGCCUGAAGUAAACUCAGAUUGUUGAACUGAAAAGAAUAUUUUCAGCUUUCUAAAAUAGCUCCAAACCUAGAAAUGCUGAUGGGUCGGUCUUCAACACUGUCAACAAAAAUGUUAUUGAAGGCAAGACUUUGCUGGUGUGGGCUGUGUCCUGUAAACUGAUUCUGGUUUCUCUAAAGCAAUUAUGCAUUAGACUUCUGGGUUGUUCUUCAUGGCUGUUUCUCUGCAGAGCUCAGAGAAAAAGAGGUUUAUUUAAAAUACAGAACUAGACUACUGCCUCCAACUAAGUGUGACAGUAUUUCAUCUGAAGAAAUUUCCCAGCUAGCAAAUAAAGACUAUUAUUUCCUUUUUUUGUUUUAAGCUGUGCUGCCAGACAACUGAAUUAUAGAUGCCUUACUGGUUUUGUAUAUGGAAAUAAGUCAAACCAAGGAAGAGUCACUCAACAGAAGCAAAGAUGGGAGUUUUGUUUAUGUGAUUUGUAAAUUCAGUGAAGCAGUGCAGUGUAUUUAUUAAACAGCUGGCAGAAGAAUGAAGAGGGGCACUUGGAGGAUUUUGUCAGUGGGAUCCUGUUGUUGGAACCCUCAUGAGCAUGGAGCUUUGCCAGGAAUGCAGCAUUUGCUCUGACCUGAGGAAUCAUUUGGAAAAGUCUUGUCUUUUGUGUUAAUGCUAGUGCAGAAUCUGUCAUUAGUUGUGAAGAAACACAUUCAGUGUCAUCGUGAAGAACUCAGGGAGUAACAGCCUAAAUCAGCUUCCUUCAGCUCUAAAUGUGGGUGUAAAUGUCAGCAGAGGGAGAUGAACACACCUGAGGGACAGCAGGACAAACCAAAUUGGAUUUGGGUAUUUCCUUGGUGCUCCCCUACCCAGCCAAUCUGCAGAGGAGCACCGAGGUUUGGGAUGAGGGUGAUGCCUCAUCUUGGAGCAGUGGAGAAAUGCAAAUUUUUGGGAACACCUUCAAGACAGAGGGGUUUGCCAGAGGAGCAGCUGGAUGAGAGCCUGCCUGCUCCAGGGGUGUGUGGUAACCUGCCCUGCCUCCCCCAGACCAGUCAGACACAAUUAAACUGUAAAUCAAACUGGGCCAUUCUGGAACACUUGAAGCUUUAAAUGGAAGUGUUUGGGAGGGGGAGCAAGAGGUGUUUUGUCUCAGAGACCACUGGCAAGCUGAUGAUUCUGUCAGGAGCCAAAAAUCCUCCUCCAGAAACUGGGGUAACACUGCUGCAAGCUGUGGAGGAGCAGAUGGAAGAUGAGUUUUACUGUGUCCUGAUGUGGCUGAGAGGAUGUUCCCGGUGUCUCUGGGGUUACUUACCAAUUUUGGAGGGUUUGUGGACUGAACUAGACACAGGAAGUGACUUUUUCCUCCUCCUUUUCCUCCUCUGUUGCUUUGUGCAGGCAACAAAGUGGAAAUGGAAAUAGAAUCAUGGAAUAACAGUAUUGGAGUCCUGAUGAAUUAUUUCACUGCUCUUCUAAAUGCCUGUAGUAGAGAUUUCUCUAAGUCAUUCCAAAUUCAAGGAUUUACAGAUUUUUCAGAGUCUGCAAAAAUAUUUUCACAAACUGGAAAUGUCUUAAAUGGAUAGAAAUCUGAGGGUUUGAAAAGCUGAAGUAGUGAUUUCUUGGUACUUUUAUCACCAAGUGGUCUGAGUUACAUGAUAAUAAAUCUCUGUGUGGGUAGCAGGGCUGUGUGGUGGCAAGGUGGGAACUGAGCACAUCCUAAACCCAUGCUCUGGAAAUUUGCAAAGUUCCAAAAUAAUACCAGGAAACAAAAGAAAUUAGGUUCAGAACUGUAUUUGGAAAAAAAAUAUUAUUAUCUAGUACAUUUUAAGAUUACUUCAUACCUUGACCUUGAUUUGCUUGUGUCUGUGAGCAAAAUCUAAAAGGAAGGAAUGAAUAUUUCACUUACAUUAUUGUGCAAUUACUUUCAUGUUGCUCAAUUUAAAGGCUGGACUGGUUAACUAAUUCUUUUAAUCUCCUGGUAGUUACCAGGCUUUUAUAAAGCAAACACAGACAUUGCUAGAGCACAGCACCAAAAAGGGAGAAGCAGAAAUAGGGAAAAGGGAGUUUUGGCUUUUCCCUUUCUCCCCUAUCCUACUUUCCUGUACUAAACUUCAAAAAAAAAAAAAAAAAACCAACUUAACUACAGAGAGAGAGGAGGAGGAAAACAUCCUGUUGGUAAAAACUCCAAUUUCACUGGAAGAUUUGUGUGGAUGAAUUCUCAGAAGUGCCUUUUGCCUUCCUGUACUGUACUGGCUGGGCUGCCACAGGACAAUUCAGGACAAUCCCUUCCCAAAAGGAGGGAUCCCAGAGAAAGGCAGAGCUGUUUCCAGACGGGUGGCACGUUGCUCCUGAAUUCAUUGUGUCAGCUCAGAAGAGGAGCAGCUGCUUUGCAAAGUCCAGGCUACUGAAAAUAAGCAUAGAAACACAUAAUUUAUUAAGCAUUUAGGGGUGUUUUGUGCAUGAAUGUGUCUCCUAUGCAGAAUAGGCAAAAACCAAAGUAUUUAGUGUUAUUGUUGCAGUCAAAAAUCACUGAACUUUUAGGCCUUGUUCUUAUAACAGGUCCUGCCAUGUCAGAUAUGAGCUAUUUCAUUACCAGAAGGUGUUUUAAAUGUUUUCAGCUCUUGCUUCAUGAAUCACUGUGAAAAUAAAGGCACAUAGACAUUUCAGGUUGGGGGUUUUGGAAGGGGACAGACCCCAAGUUAAAUAGAGGUGUACAAAAUUCACGCAGCUGAAGUGCUGCUUGUCAAUUUAGGGUGAUUUAAAAGUCUACAUUGUGGCACAUGCUCCAAGUAGUACUUUAAAUACAAGGAGAACUGAGUUGUUUGAAUUCUGCUUGGGGAAAGAAACAGGAUUUUAACAUAUUUGAUUUUAGCCAGGUUAUAUGUUAGGUAUAACAGGGGGAACAGUCUGGACUGAUGAAGAGUAAAAUCCUUUUGUUUACUUCCAGCAAAUGCCAUCCCUGUCACUCAGGUUUUCCAUCAUUUACCUGUCCAAUCUCCUGUUUGGUGUUGUUUCAUGACAAAUAACUUCUGUAUAAAGGAAAACAAAGGUAUAUUUUUUUUUCUAUUGAGUUUGUUUUGUUCUGGUGUAAUAUAUUGUCCUUAGAACAUCAUGUAAAGCUGAGAGAGAUGAAG